AUGAGGAAGGACGGCCGCGCCAAGUCGCAAUCACUCCGCCCGUACCUCCAGUGCGUGCGCUCGUCGCUCACAGCCGCCCUCUCCCUCUCCAACUUUGCGUCCCAGGCCUCGGAACGCCACAAUGUCCCCGAGAUCGAGGCUGCGAGCUCGCCCGAAGUCAUCCUGAACCCGCUUACCGUGUCGAGGAACGCCGAGGAACGCGUGUACAUCGAGCCCAGUAUCAACAGUGUGCGCAUAAGCAUCAAGAUCAAGCAGGCAGAUGAGAUUGAACACAUCCUGGUCCACAAGUUCACACGGUUCCUGACCCAAAGAGCCGAGUCCUUCUACAUCAUGCGGAGGAAGCCAGUCAAGGGCUACGACAUCUCGUUCCUCAUCACCAACUUCCACACCGAGGAGAUGCUGAAGCACAAGCUGGUCGACUUCAUCAUCCAGUUCAUGGAGGAGGUAGACAAGGAGAUCUCAGAAAUGAAGCUCUUCCUGAACGCAAGAGCACGUUUCGUGGCCGAGUCCUUCCUUACACCAGUACGUUAA